AUGCAGCGGCUGGGGUUCCUCCACCUGCUGUCGCGCAAGGUGACCGAGUUUGGGGACCGCCCGCCAGAGAAGUUCACCGUUGGGGACGGCCCCAGGAAGGAGCUCCUGGCAAAGGGCGGCGGCUCGUGGUCCGCCCAGCACGACCUGGGCCUGCUGCGAGGCAUCCUCACACACGGCUACGGCAACUGGGGGGCCAUCAUCGCCGACCGCGCACUCAGCGUGGCCGGCCCGCUGAGGGCGGAGCUCGGGCUUGACCCGGCCUACCCACGAACCAUCAUCUCUGCUGCACGCGAGAGCACGCGCCGCGAGGCGGCGCGGGCGGGCGGGCAGCCGUCGGAGGACGCCGGCGCCGGCGGCAGCGGCGGCGGCGGCGGCGCAGAUGCGGUGGUGAAGGCUGAGCCGGGGGCUGCGGUCGGCGGCGUGAAGGUCGAGGAAGGGCAGCGCGAGGGGUUGAAGGAGGAGGGGGAUGUGAAAGAGGAGGGGCCGGAGGGGAAGGAGGGGAAAGAGGGCGUGGAGGGGGCGGAAGACGAGGAGGCGAUGAUACUGGAGGCCACCGCCGCCGCGGAGGCCGCCGCCGCCGCGUGCGGCGACCCGUCGGCCGCCGCCGCGAUCCGCGCGGCGUUCGCGCAGGCGGCGAGCGAGCUCCGCGGGCUCGCGGCGCGUGAGCGCGAGUGGCUGGCGCGGCGCGCGGCGCUGCUGUCGGAGGCGCUCCAAUUUGA